AUGAACAUGUCUAGUAGUGCUGACAGUGCUGGAGCCGCCGGCCUUGGCGGCGAUGUUCCUGAAGAGACGCAAAAGAAGCGGAUCUACAGUGCAUGCCUGCACUGCCAAUCGCGCAAAAGACGUUGCGAUGGUGGUGAGCCGUCAUGUGGGCUUUGCACCAGACUCAACGUGCCAUGCGUCUAUACCCAGCGAAGACGAAGAGGUCCAGGAAAGAAGCAAAAGCCCAAUUUGGACACAGAACCGAAGCUGCAAGCUAUCGAAUCCUCUUUAAAACGGAUGCCAUAUCUUCCAGUCGCUGAACCGGAGACGAUAGUUGAGGAGAUACCUAUUGACUCACAAGGCAACCAGGGACCGAUCGUCAGAAACUCGAAUGGAGCAAAUCAAGCAUGUAGUGCUGGCCAUCAGGAUACAUCAACCAAACCGCCACAAUGUGCUCAGAAUCCAAGCGGCGUCGAUGGCCUCACCCUCUCAUUAAAGGAUCUUUUUACGGGAGGCGAUGUUAUGGCCACCCUCCACAGUAUAAGGAAUGUUAUUGCGGGAAAUAUCGAUUCUAGACCCUUCGAGAGAAGAGAAUUCGCACAGCUUCCUCCCGCAGAAUACAUAAUUGAUCUGGAGCAAGCCGUCAUAGAAGAGGUUCAAUUAUUCUGCCCAACGAUUUCUCGCAAGUCGUUUUCAGAACUUAUCAGCCAGCAACGAGCCGAUGGCCUGCAAAAUUGUGCCGCGAACCCAGCUCGAUGGGUGACCAUAAAUGCAUUAUUCUCGAUUGCUUUUCGGUGGAGGGCGACUAACGAUUCAUUUGAGAAAGUGUCCGCCAUGGGCUGGGGUUACUUCAAAAAUGCCUUCUCCGUUUUCCCAGAGCUCCUCAUCUCCAACGCUGAUAUCUCGACCUGCGAGGCGAUGCUUACAAUCGUCACAUUCUUUCUGGGGACGGCGGAUGCCAGAACAACCUUAUAUGUGGCAUCCUCAGCAAUUCGGACGGCGCAGAUGGUAGGCCUGCACAGGCGCGAAUCUUAUAGCAAACUUAAUCGUGAACAAGCAAGGCGAUACAAGCGCGUUUGCUGGGUCACGCACAUUAUAGACACAGAAAUGACGGUCAGGUACGGGAUUCCGCCGGGAUUCAGCUUGGAACACGUGUCUACUGAGCUUCCAGACGAUGAAUCUCCGGUUGUGAACAUAUUUGCCAACUAUACGGAAGGACAACAACCGCUGUGCUACGUCAGAAAACUUGCAGAACUAUCCAAGAUCCAGUCCAAGAUUCAAAAAAUGUUCUCAACAAUUAAUGCGCAGCAUCAAGUCGGUCCAGAUCAUCAAACAGCUGUUCUGGCACUAAGUUCUGAGUUGGACGAAUGGAGAAACACUCUCCCUGAGGAUUCGAGGCCCGAGUUGACCGUCGUAUCGAGCGAAAGAGAGAUCGAGGCGCACGUUGUCAUCCUGCAUUUCAUCUACUUCAAUGCCUUGAUCAAGGUUCACACAAAUCUGGCGCGUCUGAAGAGCGUAUCAAGUUACAGCCUGACGCUUUGCCAGAAUCCCAACUGGGAGACGAACCAGGGACACUAUCCUAACGUGCAACAAGCGUACGCUAAAUGUACAGCAGCCGCCCGUGCUACCAUUGAUCUUCUCAGGGUGAUGCCCCCACAGUCCUUUGUGCAUUUUUGGGCCAUGGUGCACUAUCCUGUAUCAGCAUGCCUGAUCUUGCUAUGGUCUGCCUUGGAAGAUCCUACCGAUCCAGAAGCCCAACUGAAUGUGAGGCUUAUCGGGCAGUUCGUGCAGUACCUAGCAGGACUUCAAGAAGAAGGCUGCGAUGUUCGUGCUCUGCUAGAUGGCUGCUCCAAGUUCUUCAAGAUUGCCAAAUAUGCGGUACAUACGCAGCGAAUCAUCCGGCUCACGAGGCCCUUGGAAGAAGACGAGAACCUGAAAGAGCAGCUUGAGACUCUCCGCCUCAAACUUUCAGGUGUUGCUGAUUGGACGCAUCUGGCUCAAGGCCUCUUGAGUAACAUCCCUGUUCUGUGUGCCCAGGCACGAGACGUAUUUUCGGACAUUCUCAGCGCGGAACAGCUAGAAGGGGGGUAUGGGCCGCUUGCUUCAGAUAUUUUGAAGCCGCACAACCACAACUUCUCCUUUGGUCCGCGAGCAAACUAG